AUGGUUCAGUCAGAAAGAAGAACCCAACCAGCAGAAUAUGUCGACCUGGAAAGACAAAGGAUCCGAGCUCACAAUUUACGAGAGAAUACCGACCAUUUCCGCGUUCUUAUCAUUGGCCGGGCCAAUGCAGGCAAGACGACCAUCCUCCAGCGAGUCUGUAACACAACAAAGCAGCCCAAACUUUUCAAUCCCAAGGGCCAUAAGAUUGACUUGUCUGUGUUGGAUCCAACUGCAAAACGAGGAGAGCACAACAUUGAGAAUGAAAUGAUAUUUGACAGUAACCCAGGAUAUGUCUUCCAUGACUCUCGUGGUUUUGAAGCAGGGAGAACAUUAGAGCUGGAUGCUGUCAAGAGCUUCAUACAGCACCGGUCAACAGCAGGGGAUAUUAGGGAACAGUUACAUGCAAUAUGGUACUGCAUCCCAAUAAAUGAUGAAGCAAGGCCAAUUACAAGGGCAGAGCUUAAUUUCUUUGAUGAGUGUGGGACUGGCAGAGUUCCUGUCAUUAUCUUGUUCACAAAAGCAGAUUUGCUUGAUGCUCAAACAAUAGGUCAACUAGUUGAAACUGGGAUGAGCAUUGAAGAUGCUGAGAGGAAAGCUGGAGAAGAAUCAAUUAACAACUUUUAUGAAAAAUUUGGCCAUCUGCUCCUGCUUGUCAAGGAGACUGCAGCUGUUCUCUCAGAUGAUACUAUCUUACAGCUGUUUCUUUCAGUUCAGCAAAAUUAUUUGGCUCUGUCAAUAGAAUGGGCCAUUAAAAGAGUUAUGUUUGGUGUUCAAGGGCAAUGGUCAAAAUACAUGGAGAAGCAAAUGAUUACAAUAAAGGGUAUAUUGUUACACUUUCAUCAUAUUGCUGCUCUGGGUGUUAAACAGAGUGAUGAUGGUCUUGAUGGUGAUGUUCUUAAUGGUGAUGAUGUAAGUCAGGGUCCAGGGCCUUUUCUGCCUGAUGCUGACAAUGGAAUUGUCUGGGUUUUGAACAGACUUCCUCGUGUAUGUUUUAGCUUCCACUCCACAUUUGUGCCCAAAAUUGACAAGAUGAUACAGAUUCCUGCACAUCUUGCUUUAGAUUGUGUACACUGGUCUUCUAGAAGUGCUUUUUUGUGUAUUGCCACAGCCAUCAUUGUAGAACAUUCAUAUUUCUUUUGGAAGACACAACCUUCCAGAUCGUCUGAACCCCUCAAAAAAUCUUUUCACACAUUCCAAUCAUCAGCUGCCUUCAAAAACAUACAAGAUGCCAUCAAGGAACUGGAUGAAGGACAUACAGAUGUUCCAGCUGCAAUUGUGAAAAUUGCUCUAGACAACCGUCUUUCCCAGUAA